UUACCGCCAAAGUUUCUGAUUUUCAAAUUUCUUCUUCUCUAAUCCCUCACCCCUCUUUCUUUCACCGCCCAAAAUGGUGAGGGAAAGUCAGUCCACGUCAUCAACGGAGGAAGACGAAGAAAUUUCCUCCGAUUCCGAUCCAAGCGACGAUUACGCCGUUGAGCGUCCGGAAGAAGACAAUGAUUACGAAGAAGGAGAGAACGAUGACGAUGGUGGAGAAUCUACAGCGCAUCAUCCACCGUCCGAUGGAGAUCUCAAGUCCAAGAACGUCGAUGCUUUGUUAAGGGGCAACCUUGUUGUAAGAAGACAAUCGCUGCUUCCACGAGUUCUUUCAGUAACUGAAGGAGCUGCAGUUUGUAGGAAACCAUUUAAGCCCCCAUGUUCUAAUGGCUAUGAUAAUGGGAAAGAAAAUCUAACACAUCGUCUUUGGGCCCGGAAGCGGUUUGUUCCUUGGGGCUCUUCAAGGCCAGCGUUAGUUGCAAUAGCCAAACCGCUAAUUAGAACAGAGUCGGAUAGGACUGAUAUUAAGGAGGAAAUUGUGACACUUCCGCCGGGUGUUGAGCCUUUGGUAUUAUGGCAACCUGAAGAAUCUGAAGAUGGGCCCAAAAACUUAGUGCCCAUAGCAGUGGAUCCCUUGCUUGUCCGUUUUCUUCGACCCCAUCAAAGAGAAGGAGUUCAGUUCAUGUUUGAAUGUGUGUCUGGGUUGUAUAGCGCUGCCAAUAUUAAUGGAUGCAUUCUUGCUGAUGAUAUGGGUUUGGGAAAGACACUGCAGUCAAUCACUUUACUGUAUACCCUUCUUCGUCAAGGGUUUGAUGGGAAGCCGAUGGUUAAGAAGGCCAUAAUUGUCACACCAACCAGUCUUGUCAGUAACUGGGAGGCAGAAAUCAAGAAGUGGGUUGGACAAAGAGUUCAACUUAUAGCUCUCUGUGAAAGCAGCAAAGAUGACGUCGUCUCUGGAAUUGACAGCUUCAUAAAUCCCCGUAGCUUUGUGCAGGUAUUGAUUGUUUCAUACGAGACAUUUAGGAUGCAUUCAUCAAAAUUUAGCCAAAGUGAGGCUUGUAAUCUUCUUAUUUGUGAUGAGGCUCACAGGCUGAAAAACGAUCAGACAAUAACAAACCGGGUAUUGGCUGCUCUCUCAUGUAAACGCAGGAUUUUGUUAUCUGGAACUUCCAUGCAGAAUGACCUUGAAGAGUUCUUUUCCAUGGUCAACUUCACUAAUCAAGGAAUUUUGGGUGAUGUUGCAUACUUUCGGCGUUACUACGAGACACCAAUAAUUUGUGGAAGAGAACCAACUUCUAGUGAAGAAGAGAAGAAGCUAGCUGCAGAACGUUCUUCAGAAUUAAGUGCAAAAGUAAAUCAGUUCAUAUUGAGGAGGACUAAUGUGUUGCUAUCAAAUCAUCUGCCUCCAAAGAUAGUUGAAGUUGUAUGCUGCAAGUUGACUCCUCUUCAGGCUGAGUUGUACAACCAUUUUAUACACUCUAAAAAUGUUAAAAGAGCCAUCACUGAAGAAACAAAGAAAACAAAAAUCUUGGCUUAUAUUACAGCUCUCAAGAAGCUCUGCAAUCAUCCGAAGCUCAUUUAUGAUACCAUUAAAAGUGGAAGUCCAGGAACUACAGGUUUUGAGGACUGUAUGCGGUUUUUUCCACCAGAGAUGUUCUCCGGAAGAUCCGGAUCAUGGACUGGCGGUGAUGGGGCAUGGGUUGAACUAUCUGGGAAAAUGCAUGUAUUAGCUGGAUUGCUGGCUCAUCUUCAUCAGAGAACCGAUGAUCGCAUUGUUCUUGUUUCAAACUAUACACAGACAUUGGACCUAUUCACUCAACUGUGCCGAGAAAAAAGAUAUCCAUACUUGAGGCUUGAUGGAACCACAUCAAUUGGCAAAAGGCAAAAACUAGUUAAUCGCUUUAAUGAUUCAACCAAGGAUGAAUUUGUAUUCCUAUUAAGUAGCAAGGCAGGUGGAUGCGGUCUCAAUUUGAUUGGCGGUAAUCGACUGGUCUUGUUUGACCCUGAUUGGAACCCUGCCAAUGAUAAGCAAGCUGCUGCAAGGGUUUGGAGAGAUGGGCAGAAAAAAAGAGUUUACAUUUACAGAUUCCUAAGUACUGGAACAAUUGAAGAAAAGGUGUACCAGCGUCAAAUGUCAAAGGAAGGGCUGCAAAAAGUCAUACAACAGGAUCAAAUCGACAGUGAUAUGGGACAGGGAAAUGUUUUCUCAACGGAAGAUUUACGUGACCUUUUCACAUUUUAUGAUAGUGUGAGGUCCGAAAUUCAUGAAAAGAUGAACUGCAACCGCUGUAACAAUUAUGAUAAUGGACUUGAAAACAUGGGAGAACAGGUAGAAUGUGAAUCGGAGAAUGGAAAUUCCGGCUCUGAUCAAGAGGUUUUUGACAUAGGUGGAUUUGCGGGAAUUGCUGGAUGUCUGGAUAAGCUGAAGGGCUCAGAAAAACAGGUGGGGAGUCCCUUUGAAGAGGAUUUAGUUAGCUGGGGGCAUCAUUUUCACUCAGAAUCAGUACCUGAUGCUAUUCUUCAAGCUUCAGCUGGUGAUGAGGUCACAUUUGUUUUUACCAAUCAAGUAGAUGGGAAGCUUGUUCCUAUUGAAUCAAAGGAAAGAGAAGGAAGUAAAAGGCAGAAUAAUGGAAAGGUUAGUCACUUGAUAGAGAGAGAAGGCAAUAAUAAAAUGCAGAAUUCCAUGAAGCAAAACCUAGUUUCCAAGCCAAAUGUUUUGCCCAAACAUCACAAACUAUUAAAUUCUGAUUCUUCCAAUAGAAAUUCUUUGAUACCACCAUCAUCAUCUACUUCACCCACCCCUAUACAAAGUGCACUUCAUAAUCAUAAGACCAUAUCUGGUGGGCUUUCUCUUAGAAUUAAAUUACCUCUUAAAAGAUCCUCCCUCGCUUCUGUAGAACAUGAUGACGAUUUUCAGUAAAGCUUUUAGGCAACAUUUUUUCAGAUUGUUAAAUUUUGUUUCUCUUUGUUGUAUUUUAUUUUUCU